GGCGUACUAAUUAAAUAAUUUGGCAGGUUUUUUUUUUUGUCCAACGCGUAUGGAGACUAGUCUUUUUGAAAAUCUGCGGCUUCCGUCGGUCCCGCUUCCAAUAAGCAACACAACCCACACAUAUCGGUCGCCUGUGCCAGUGAAAGUGCUGGAGUCGCCCAGUGAGCCAGUCAUCUUGGGAGUCGACGAGGCUGGAAGAGGCCCUGUUUUAGGACCCAUGGUUUAUGGAAUCGCGUACUGUUUGAAAGAUUAUUCCAGCGAUCUCAAGUCAGUGUAUGGAUUUGCAGACUCCAAGACCCUCACGGUGGAAAGAAGAGACCAGCUGAUGAAAUCCAUCAUCGAGGCAGACGGAGAUUUGUGUCAGAACGUCGGAUGGGCCACCACGACGAUGACUGCGAGAGACAUUUCGAGCGAAAUGCUCAAGCCACGGGCCAUUGGAAAUAUCAACCUCAACGAGCAAGCACAUGACGCGACGAUUAAGCUGAUUCAAGGAGUUUUGGACCAAAAGGUCAAUCUAAAAGAAGUGUACGUUGACACUGUUGGCCCGCCUGACUCGUACCAGCGCAAACUGAGCAGUAGAUUCCCAGGAAUAAAAGUGACUGUUACCAAGAAGGCCGAUAGUCUGUUCCCUAUCGUGUCGACGGCAUCAAUUGUGGCUAAGGUGACCAGGGACUGCAGUUUGUACCAUCUAGCUGGCGGAGCAGAUUGGGGGUCUGGUUACCCUUCCGAUCCGCGCACGUCACACUGGCUCAACUCGAACGUACAUCCCGUGUUUGGAUGGAACUCCAUGGUGCGCUUUUCAUGGCAGACUUCUCGCGACGCUUUGGCUAAAAGCGGCGCUGUUCCGAUGGUCUGGGAGGACGAAUUGCAGACAAGCGACGAUUUUGCAAACGUUGCCAGUAUGAUGAGCAAGCCUGCUGGCGGGAAGUCAUAUUUUGUAAGCGAUGUGACAGGCGAAUGAAUUAUGGUCUGUGAGCAACUUGUAGGUCAACGUUCUCGUCCAAAUACGUGCGUAGCUGGUUGAAAAGAAAGUAUAUCUGUUUGAAUUUUUCCUCCAUCUCUGCCAGUUGGAGGAAUUUGGCGUGCAUCUGCUGUUUCUUGAGCAGAAUUUGUUCGGCGUAGCGUUUCUGGUCCUCAAGCUGUUGCUUGUUCAGCUCGAUACAUUUGUGAGACAGAGCUUCCAGAAUGUUCAGAAGAUCCUCCUCUGAGUCAUCAACAGUGUUGCGCAACUCUUGGUUGUAUUUUUUCCUGCUUAUCAGAAGUUCUGCCAGUUGCUGAUUCUCCAGCCUGAGUUCUUUGACUCGCCUAGUUUUCGGCGAAGGCGAAUCCAGUUGCGUUUUGUCAAUGGGUUUUAAAUUGCGGUACUUGAAUCUGCUUUCGUCCUCUGUUGGAAACAGACCCUGGUAAUUAGCAUUCAGUGAGGCGGAGAUCUGAUCUGUCUGUUUCCAUAUAUCCUGUUUUAUCUUGGCGUUCUCAUUCAGCAC